AUGUGCUCCCCUCUGGGGAUCCUUCCCAUAGGAUCCUGGGCGGAGGCCGCAAAGAAGAAGCCUGUGCUGUUUGCUGGCAGCGCCAUCGUGGUCCGACACUCGAGGGCCACCAGGAUCCCUCCUCUCCCACACGGCAAGGUCACUCUCUUGCCUUCGCCACCUGUCCAGGCUGUCAGGGCUACAAGGCUGAUACCACGCAGUCACCUCCCGAUGCCUUGCCAGAAGGAGGAGGUGAAGGCUCAGGUGAUGGCAGAGGAGAAGGAGGAGGAGAAAAAGGAGGAGGAUGAUCUUCUGGAGACCCACUGGCAGGAAGACAGCAGAAGGGGCCCUUCCGGCAAUGGGAAAGCACCAUCACCAUCAAGGCCCCUGGAGGCCCAGAGAGACCUCACUUCCUGGGAGUACAGUCCUGGGCCUUCCCUGGAGGGACAUAUCCCCCACCACUCUGAAAACACCUGGAGUGAGGAGGCCCAGGUGACGCUGAUGACCUCCUGCUCUGAAGGCCACACAGUCAUCUGCUCACACUGCCCUGCUGGAGGUGUCCUUUCUCCUGAGACUCCUGACCCAGACCCAACAGUGCUUCCCCACCCAGUCCCAGGCAGCUCCUGGCUGCUGGAGGAGUUGGCCACUGAGUUGCUGAAGGGAGACCAUUGGCCCAGCUCUCCAGGCCUGCUCCAGGUGCCAGUGUUCCGGAAGGAGGUGUACGUAGGGUGA